GUAGUGAUAAAUAUCUGUUUAUAAACUGGGUCUACGAACCGAAGAAUCAUUCUAGUGAGAACUUCCACUACGAACAAGUCAAAAUGGCGUUCAAAGUUGUGAUUCUGUGCGCUUUCGCCCUUCUAGUCCAGUCCAUCUCUGGACAGAACUGUGGUUGCUCGUGUGGGUCCGGCGGCUCCGGCAGAUCCAGCAGCUCCGGCUCCAUCGGCUCCGUGUCCAUCUCCAACAGCGGUGGCGACCUUCUCGUCACCAGCGUCGGCCCCAUCUCCCCCUCCGGCAUCGCCGUGUCCUCCGAGCUCGGCCUGAGCGGAGACUUGGACGUUAACGGGGAACUGCCGUUCCUGAGCGCAGUGGAGUUCUCGGGCAAGUACGACACCAGCGGGUCCGGCUGCGUGGACUACAGCUGCGGCAGCUGCGGGAGCGUGGCCAUCACGAGCGUGCAGGGCGGUUCCGGUUCCGGCUGCGGCUGCGGCUGCGGACGCUAAGGACACGAACUGCCAAUCACUCGAAAACUGCAAGUUAUUGUUGGCAUUCUAACUGCAAACUCGUGCCUAUAUUCAACUGUGCUGAUCUAUUCAAAUGCAUUAACAAAAUAA